AUGCCGUUCCCCUUCGAGCUCCCGACGACAUCAUCUAUCUCCUUCGCCGACUUCUACAGCAGCUCGACGCACCCGUCGCUACCCCUCGCCGCAACAACAUGCCGCGGCGUGCUCCGCGACGUGCUCAAGAAGCACAAGCGCCUGCCCCCGCCCUCACAGACGUCCGACCUGCCCGCCGUAGCCACUGCGCUUAACGAGUACAUCCCCUAUCUUUCUGCGCUAGACGCCGGACUCAGCGCGCGCCACACCCUUCCCGGUACUGACGAAGCAAUCGACGUCGCUCUGCUGCGCGACCUGGCCAUCGAAUGGCGUGCCACCCUCACCGCGCCGCCCUUGCCCGGCCGCGACCCGCCUCGCGUCAAGCUGCACGGCCUGGAGUUUGAGUUGGGCUUCGCUCUGGCAACGCUGGCCUACGUGCACAGCCUGCAGGCUCGCGCCGCCCUACACGCGCUGCACAACUACGCCACCGCCGCGCCGCCCUCUCCCGAGCAGCGCACCGCCGCCAUUGCCGCUGCUAUGCGUUCCUUCCUCGAAGCUAACGCAAUCCACAGCUACCUGGUGCAGCGUCUGGGCAGCAUCCCUCCCCAACCAACCAGCACCAACGCCGACAUCGGCAGCAGCAGCAGCAUCACCAGCAGCAGUGGUAUCAGAAAACUCUCCCAGCACCAACACCAGGCAACACCAGCAGCAUCAGCUACCCCGCCGGACAUGACGCCGGGCGUGCAGACAGCGCUGGCGGAGCUGACGCUGGCCGAGGCUACGCUGAUCGCUGUGCUCAAGGACGACCCGUACCCGGCAGUCGUGGCCGAGGACCGCAGUCGCGCGAGUAAGGACUGGAUGUUCAAGGCUCCUGACAUCCCCAAGGUGCGCGCCCACCUGUUCGCCCGCCUGUGCCUGGCUGCUGCCGAGCAUGCCGGGAAGGGGAAGGCUGGAUUGGGCUGGAGUAGCAGCAGUGGUGGUGGUAGUGGAGGAGCUGGAGCGGCAGGCGCAACGGCCGGGAAAGUGGACGAGGCGCUAGCCCGGUACUUGGAUGAUUUGAGAAGAACAGCGAGGGGGAAAGCGUGCAGAUUCUUUGGGAUCGAUGCUGAACUGGAAGGAAAGACAGGCGAGGCAAUCGCGUGGUUGAGGGCGGCGAGGAGGGAGUUGGGGUUCUUAAGCGGCAGUGGUUCAGCUGGAGGCGGCGAGGAAGAGAGCAGCAAGAGUAGGGGAUUCGCGUCGAGGCUGAAGAAGGACUGGGCGGAGAAGAGGGAGGAUCGGAGAAUCGAAAAGGGAGCGGAUUGGGGAAGCGAUGCGGGUAGGUUCGAGGAGGGGCGAGUGGUGGAGAUGUUGGAGAAGAAGUGGGUGAAGAUGAACGAUACGGUCGGCGUCCAAACAAUCCCCCCAAUCGAACCUCUCCUCGCCAGCAUGCCUUCCGGCCGCGAGUACCAUACACCGAAACCCUAUCAGCUGCCCUCCCUCGACGAGUUCACUGUCGCACGCAUGCGCGCUCCGCCUGAACCGUCCGCGGGUGGUGGAGGCUUCACAGGUGUUGAGGACGACAGCGGCGACGAGGAGGAGAGUCAGCACCGAGCAGCAGGAGGUGGUGAUCCUGUCGGCGCAUUCCCAGGUACAAGCGCUGACUACGCUGCGGGUGGUGAUAGGGGCUAUUAUUAA